GCAAAACAGCUUGGUGUGGAUAGAAUGUAGAUUUUCAGUUUGGAAGUGAUGAAGCCGCUUAUCAUUUAAUCAUUGAGCUCUAUGAUAGGGGGAACAUUGUUCUUACAGAUUAUGAGUACCUAAUCUAAAUAUCUAAGGUUUCGAACUGAUGAGGCAGAUGAUGUUAAUUUUGCUGUUCGUGAACGCUAUCCAAUUGAUCAUGCUAGAACUGCUGAACCUCUGCUUACUUUGGAAAGCCUAUGGACCAGCUCUCAUCGAACACUGUCUUAUAGAAAAUGGAUUCUCUGGUAAUGUCAAAGUGGAUGAAAAACUUGAAAGUAAAGAUAUUGAAAAAGUACUUGUUUGUCUGCAGAAAGCAGAAGACUAUAUGAAAACAACAUCCAACUUCAGUGGGAAGGGAUAUAUCAUUCAGAAAAGAGAAAUAAAACCAAGCCUGGAAAUAGAUAAACCAGUUGAAGACAUACUCACGUAUGAAGAAUUUCAUCCUUUCUUGUUUUCUCAACAUUCACAAUGUCCAUAUAUAGAAUUUGAAUCAUUUGACAAGGCUGUGGAUGAAUUUUAUUCCAAGAUAGAAGGACAGAAAAUUGAUUUAAAAGCUUUACAACAGGAAAAACAAGCACUGAAGAAAUUAGAUAAUGUCCGAAAGGAUCACGAAAACAGAUUAGAAGCUCUUCAACAGGCUCAGGAAAUAGACAAACUGAAAGGAGAACUCAUAGAAAUGAACCUGCAAAUAGUUGACAGAGCCAUUCAGGUAGUUCGAAGUGCUUUAGCCAACCAGAUAGAUUGGACAGAAAUCGGGUUAAUUGUGAAAGAAGCUCAAGCCCAAGGGGACCCUGUUGCAAGCGCAAUCAAAGAGUUAAAACUACAAACGAAUCAUGUUACGAUGCUGCUAAGAAAUCCAUACUUGUUAUCAGAGGAGGAAGAUGACGAUGUUGAUGGUGACGUCAAUGUUGAGAAAAAUGAAACCGAACCACCAAAAGGGAAAAAGAAAAAGCAAAAGAAUAAACAGCUGCAGAAACCUCAGAAAAAUAAGCCAUUACUUGUUGAUGUUGAUCUCAGCUUGUCAGCAUAUGCCAAUGCCAAAAAGUAUUAUGAUCACAAGAGAUAUGCUGCCAAGAAAACACAAAAGACUGUUGAAGCUGCUGAGAAGGCAUUCAAAUCAGCAGAAAAGAAAACAAAGCAAACGUUAAAAGAAGUUCAAACUGUUACCUCUAUUCAAAAAGCAAGAAAAGUAUAUUGGUUUGAGAAAUUUCUGUGGUUCAUUAGCUCAGAGAACUAUCUAAUUAUAGGUGGACGAGAUCAGCAACAGAAUGAAAUAAUUGUGAAGAGAUACUUGACAUCAGGAGAUAUCUAUGUACAUGCCGAUCUUCAUGGAGCUACUAGCUGUGUAAUUAAGAAUCCAACAGGAGAACCCAUCCCCCCACGGACCUUGACUGAAGCUGGCACAAUGGCACUUUGCUACAGUGCUGCUUGGGACGCACGAGUAAUCACUAGUGCUUGGUGGGUGUACCAUCAUCAGGUGUCUAAAACAGCACCAACUGGAGAAUAUUUGACAACAGGAAGCUUCAUGAUAAGAGGAAAAAAGAAUUUUCUUCCUCCCUCAUAUCUAAUGAUGGGGUUUAGCUUCCUCUUCAAGGUAGAUGAGUCUUGUGUUUGGAGACAUCGAGGUGAACGAAAAGUCAGAGUGCAGGAUGAAGACAUGGAGACACUGGCAAGUUGUACAAGUGAACUCAUAUCAGAAGAAAUGGAACAACUAGACGGAGGUGACACUAGCAGUGAAGAAGAUAAAGAGGAAUUACGUGAAACUCCUGUAGAUGUAGAACUUGUGACUCAGGUUGACCAAGAGGAUAUUACUGUUCAGAGUGGUGGAGAUGAACUUAAUGAGGAACUAAUUCACGAAGAAAGCUCAGAAGAUGAAGGAGAAUCUGAAGAGGCUAUGAAAGAUCAGGAUCCUCUUGGUAACGUGAAAGAUGAAGGGGAAGAGACAUUAAAUUAUCCUGAUACUACUAUUGACUUAUCCCACCUUCAAUCCCAAAGGUCCCUUCAGAAAUUGGCUUCAAAAGAGGAAUCUUCUAAUUCAAGUGAUAGUAAAUCACAGAGCCGGAGACAUUUGUCAGCCAAGGAAAGAAGGGAAAUGAAGAAGAAAAAACUUCCAAGUGAUUCAGGGGAUUUAGAAGUGAUAGAGGGAAAGGACAAAGAAAAAGAAAGUGCUGUACACAUUGAAACUCAUCAGAACACAAGCAGAAAUGUUCCAGUCGUGCAGCCAAUGAAGCGAGGACAAAAGAGUAAAAUGAAAAAAAUGAAGGAAAAAUACAAAGACCAGGAUGAAGAAGAGCGUGAACUUAUCAUGAAAUUACUGGGGUCUGCAGGUUCAAACAAAGAAGAAAAAGGAAAGAAGGGGAAGAAAGGAAAAACAAAGGAUGAACCUGUGAAGAAACAGCCCCAGAAACCCAGAGGUGGGCAGAGGGUUUCUGAUAGCAUUAAGAAAGAAACUCCAUCUCUUGAGCUUAUAACCCAUGAAUUACAAGAUUUAGCUGUAGAUGAUCCACAUGAUGACAAGGAAGAACAAGAUCUGGAUCAACAGGGAAAUGAGGAAAAUCUAUUUGAUUCUUUGACAGGGCAACCACAUGCUGAAGAUAUACUACUGUUUGCUAUUCCAAUAUGUGCUCCUUACACCACCAUGACAAACUAUAAAUACAAAGUGAAGCUUACUCCUGGAGUUCAGAAAAAGGGAAAAGCUGCAAAAACAGCCUUGAAUAGUUUCAUGCAUUCCAAAGAAGCAACAGCAAGAGAAAAAGACUUAUUCCGCAGUGUAAAGGACACAGACUUAUCGAGAAACAUUCCUGGCAAAGUGAAAGUAUCUGCACCCAAUCUUCUGAAUGUAAAAAGGAAAUAGCUGAAAUGAAAUCCUAAAAUAUUUAAGAAGAGCCAAUUUUAAUAUACUUUUGGAAGUUCAAAGAUGAAAACGCCAUGUAACAGGACUUCUGCAUUUAAAAAUGAACUAAACAUUGCCUUGCUAUAUUCGCCAAAAGGACUUAAUUCUUGUUUUUUCCAGUUUUAUAUAGAAGAAACACUGUCUAUGAUAUUUGUGGAUAGUUAAAUGCUAAAACAUCUGUAGUUAUUCUACAUUUUCUUGAAAUUUGGGAGGUUAAUUCUUAGUACUCAUUUUACAAUGUAAAGAAAUUGAACAGUGAAGUAGCUCUAUUGCUUAAAAUCUACUGUAUAUAACAUCUAAUAUAUGUCUAUUACAGGCCAAUUUACAAGGGUGUUUUUCUUGUUGGGGCUGGGGCGGUUAAACAUUUAAGGAUUGUGUCUUGAAAACCCUAAGUAUUGGAGUAGAGUGGAUUUUCUUCUGCCUUCACCUAUACUUGUCAAAAAAAG